CACCGCGGGCCGGAGGGCAGCGUCCGGACCCUUAAUCAACAACAGGAUAGACAGAGGGAAUUCACACUGGAUGAAGAUAAUUAUCUGAAGCUGGGUGUAUUCCAGGAACCAUAACCCAAAUGUUUCUCUGUCUGUGGAGAAGAUCUCACGUUUGAAAUCACUUCUACUGAAGCUAGGUGUGUCCCAUCAUCAUGUUCUGGAAGUUUGAUUUGAACACGACAUCGCACGUGGAUAAGCUGCUGGAUAAAGAAGAUGUGACACUUCACGAGCUGAUGGAUGAAGAUGACAUCUUACAGGAGUGCAAGGCUCAGAACCGCAAGCUGCUGGACUUCCUCUGCCAGCAGCACUGCAUGGAGGAGCUGGUCAACCUCAUCACACAUGAACCCCCCAUGGACAUGGAUGAGAAGGUCCGCUUCAAAUACCCCAACACCGCCUGCGAGCUGCUGACCUCCGACGUGCCCCAGAUCAACGACAAGCUUGGUGGGGAUGAGACACUGCUCAACAUCCUCUAUGAUUUCUUGGAUCACGAGCCACCCCUGAACCCACUGCUCGCCAGCUUCUUCAGCAAGACCAUCGGGAAUCUCAUCGCAAGGAAAACAGAGCAGGUGAUCGCAUUUCUAAGGAAAAAAGACAAAUUUAUUAGCCUGGUGCUAAAGCAUAUAGACACAUCAGCCAUGAUGGACCUCCUGCUUCGUCUGAUCAGCUGCGUGGAGCCCGCGACGCUACGGCAGGAAGUGCUGAACUGGCUUAACGAAGCAAGAAUUAUUCAGAGACUUGUGGAGCUGAUCCAUUCGAGCCAGGAUGAGGAUAGGCAAUCAAAUGCUUCCCAGACCCUGUGUGACAUCAUAAGAUUGAGCAGAGACCAGAGCAAUCAGCUGCAGGAUAUACCUGAGCCUGAUCCACUUCUCACCGCACUGGAAUCGCAGGAAUGUGUGGAGCAACUCCUGAAGAAUAUGUUUGAUGGAGAGCAGACUGAAAAUUGCAUAGUGAAUGGAACACAGGUUCUGCUAACAUUGCUGGAAACCAGGCGCUCUGGGGUGGAAGGACUGAUGGACUCAUACACUCAGGGAUUUGAAAGGUCUUACACUGUCAAUAGCAGCAUCUUACAUGGCAUUGAACCGAGGCUAAAAGAUUUCCACCAGCUGCUGCUCAGCCCUCCCAAGAAAACAGCAAUCCUGACUACAAUUGGUGUCCUGGAGGAGCCGCUGGGCAACGCUCGUCUUCACGGAUCUCGCCUGAUUGCUGCUCUGCUCCACACAAACACUCCCAGUAUUAAUCAGGAACUAUGCAGACUCAGUACCAUGGAUUUAUUACUUGACUUAUUUUUUAAAUACACGUGGAAUAACUUUUUGCAUUUCCAAGUGGAAUUGUCCAUAGCAGCUAUUCUCUCACACUCUGUGCAAGAGGGAAGAACUACUGCCAAUGACCCAGAAAGCAGAGAAGAGGUGCUGAAUGGAAACAUGACCACGGAGAACCAAGAGACUCCAGAAAACAACACAGAGAAUAUCAUGGUUACACAUUUGUUCCAGAAGUGCUGCUUAGUGCAAAGGAUACUGGAUGCCUGGGAAGCAAACGACAAAAUACAGGCAGAAGGGGGAAUGAGGCGAGGCAACAUGGGCCACCUCACCCGCAUCGCCAACGCCGUGGUGCAGAACAUGGAGAAGGGCCCCAUGCACACCCAGAUCAGUGAGUUCAUCAAAGAGCUACCUGAGGACUGCAGAGGGAGGUGGGAGAGCUUUGUAGAAGAGACGCUGACGGAAACAAACAGGAGGAAUACGGUGGAUUUGGUGAGCACUCACCAUCUGCAUUCUUCCAGUGAGGAUGAAGACAUUGAGAGUGCUUUUCCCAAUGAACUUUCUCUCCAACAGGCCUUCUCUGAGUACCAAAUCCAGCAGAUGACAGCAAACUUCGUGGAUCAGUUUGGCUUUAAUGAUGAGGAGUUUGCUGACCAGGAUGAUAAUAUCAAUGCUCCUUUUGACAGGAUUGCAGAGAUAAACUUCAACAUAGAUGCAGACGAUGACAGCCCCAAUGCUUCCCUCUUUGAAGCCUGCUGCAAUGAGCGAAUCCAGCAAUUUGAUGAUAACGAGGAAGAAGAAGAUAUCUGGGAAGAGAAGGAGAUAACCUAUGCAACACAAGUUAAAUCGAGGACGAGGUUUGGAGCAUCUCAGGCCUCAGAGAGUUCAUCAAAAAGUGAUCUCGAGAAUGGAGAUCAUGAUGGCAGCGUGGAUUCAGAAGAAGAGGAGGAGACAGAACAGCAGGUGCCUUCUUCCUCAGCCAACAGCAACAAGAGCAAUGCUGCAGAGCAGAAAGAGUCCGACUCUUCUGAAGGCUCCGGGUGGACUGCAGUGUUUGAACCUGUCAGCUCGAAGCCCCCCACCCCCUGCGUGGCCAUGGACGUUGGAUCCAGUGUGUGGGACUCAGCAGCCCCAGAGAACGCUGCACCAGAGAAGGGGUGGGCCAAGUUCACAGACUUCCAGCCUUUCUGUUGCUCUGAAUCAGGCCCACGGCGCAGUUCUCCUGCAGACACAGAAAGCAGCGAUUCGGACGGCAACCCGAAGCAGAGUCAGGACAAGAACUUCAGCACGGCCUCUCCCUGCGUCUGGAACGUCUGCGUCACGCGGAAGGCACCGCUGGUGGCUUCAGACAGCAGCUCCUCGGGCGGCUCAGACAGCGAGGAUGAGGAUGAGAAAGGAGAUGCCAUCACAGAGACCAUCAGCACGGGUGCAGGCCAGGAAACAGUCAAGCUGACGAUGGAUGCGAAGAACGAGAAGGCCGUUUUCACCAGAGUCUUUAGACCUGCAGGCAGAGGCGAUUCGGGCUGCAUGGUGAUUGAUAAGCUGACCAUCACAGACAUGGCAACGACCAAAGCAUCCAAACCACUGAACAAUGCUGCCCAGCACCCAGAGGAGCACCAGAACACGGCGCCGGUCACGGAAAUGGCCACGAAAGACAGGAAAGAAGAAGCCUUGCCUUGUGCUGAAGCCACAUUAAAUGGCCCUGCUUGAUGACACAGAUGCAAUGGGACGUGUGUGAUCCAGGCCAGGCUGCUACCUGCGACAACAUUGGAGAAUGAAAUGAUCCCAGCACAGGACUCCUGCUGUUACUUUACCCAACCCGGGCAGGCGGUCGUGGUGAGCUGGGGGACGUGGGAUGGUUGAGCACAGCAGCACAGAGCACCGGACUGCACCUCACGCUGCCUGGGAGCAAGGUCAGUUACAGAUGGGUGCUUCCCCACACAGCACAGGACCUGCCGUGCAGGCAGGAGGACCCGAUCCUGUAAGGACCGUGCCAGCUCUGCUCUGGUUUUUGUCCCCGUCUCUGCGUUGAGCUCCUUGCCAGAUGGACUCGUGCACACAGAUCAUACAGGUGUAGCUGUUGGGCUGCUGCAGCCCCGGGGUCACCGUCUCCUGCCAACCUGCCUGGUGUGUAAGCCGUGUGCUGGCACACACCCAUCAGCAUCCAGCGCUGCUUCUUUCAGUAGAUCUGAGCUGGAAAACCGUUCACUUUGGAAUAAAAGCAUGAAGCUCGACACGUAGGUAGCCAAAUAGCUUCUUUUCCAAUGUAUUCUCACCUGUGCACCACGAGAGACUUUUACCCUGUGAGUAUGAAAAGUACCUCACUCCGACCUGUUGUUAUGAGCAAAGGGGCAUCCUAGCCAGACUUCGGGCUCCGAGGAAAACACAGCCUUUAUUUUGAACUGUGAUCUGUAUGUAGUGCAUAUGAGAUUUUCCUGACCUGGGUGGGUGUUGGGGGUGAGGUGAACGCAAUGCUUUCACUGCUGGAGUCGUUCUGCUCUGCAGGGUCGGUGUCUGAUGGUGACAUAGCUGCGGCACGAGGCUGUUGUAUACCCAAGCAUUACACCUUUCCAUUUUUGCUCUUAGGGAAGAUGUGUGGUUCAGAGCACCAGAGCCGGAGACGGGAGCACAGGAGGCGGUGUGAAAGCGGUGCAUUGGGGUUGUGUGCUGCUGAUGGCUGUGAUUUCUCCCAGCUGCAAUCCCUGGGUGCUCGCGUGGCACAGCACUGUUGAUCUGGAACUCUUCCCCCUCCCUCCUCGUAAUAAUAAUUUAAAGAUGCUUUGUGACGGAAGGAGAACUCUCACUUUCUGCUUCGUUACCCUGCUUGCUCAUUAGAGACCCGUCCCACUCUUGGCCAGGAUGAGUAGUUUGGAGUUCCUUGUUGGCAACGUGUUUGAUGAAGUCUUAAUUUUCAGAGGAUUGGUGCUAGAGAUUUUCUGGAAACCAGGUUAGGGCGUUCUUUAAACACCCAAAAAUGAUACUAUAGGAAAGCACUCGUUAAAUAUUGACCCCUGCAGCUGAUGGAAGGCUGCUAUGGGGCUCAGUCCCAGUAACUUCCAGGUGGUGACAGUGUACUUGUCCAGUCCCUUCUCACACGCAGUCCCAUCGGUGGCUCUGAGCUCUGCCGUGCUGCAGCUGUGACCAGGCCUGCAGCAGCACGAUGGGAUCUUCCUCCCAGCGUGACAUGUGUUCAUCUCCCUUGUUCCCCUGACACACCAUCUUUUUGCAUGAGAUGCUGCCAUCCCCUUGCAGCACAGUGCUGGCUGGUAUCACAGGAGCCCCUGCUCCGCUGUCCCUGCGUGCUCUGUUGUGUUGGGGUUGGCUUUGGGAGCAGAGCUGCAGAGGUGUGCAAGGAUUUCUCUCUCUGUGCCUUCCGUUGCCCUCUCCCACCUUUUGGCUUUGAGCCUGUAGGUCUAAAGGGAAGCUCGUUGUGAUGUAUUUCAAACCUAGCAGCGAGCAGACUGCAAGUGUAGUGGACUUACUGAGGGACUCAGCACCAACCAGAGGGUUUCUCCUUGCUGGGUUUAGGGCUCUGCAGUGCAAAACAGACCCAGAGCCCAACUGUAUCUGUGAGAAAAGCCCCCCUACCUGUGCUGUUUGAUCAGGAAACGAUGAAGUCAGACUCAGCCCUGUCCUUCCUCUUCUACGUGCAGCGUUUGGAAUCUGUCCUCAUCUGUAUGGCUUAUAGAAUUUUAGUUUUGAACACGUAUGAGUGUGCCUGUGGGUACAUACCUGCAGUGUGUGUGGUUCCGUGUAUGUUUAUGCACACACACAGUUGGGUAUUGCAAGCUGGAGCAGUGUGAUGUGGUGUGAGAGCGAGAUGGAAACUCGGGCUGGAGGGAGUGGGGGGUUGAAUCAACAUUUCUCUUUGCUUUGGUUUUUAAUUGGACCUCGUGCUUGAAUUCUUCCUUGCUGCACACUGAGAGCAGCGAAGGCGGAGAGCUGGUGCUGCAUUCCCUCUUCGUACCAAGAUGUGGCAUUGAGUUCUGGGCUGGAAUUCCUUUGCUGUCCUCCAGAGGUGAGGUCCUCAAACCCACACACAGGUGAUCAGUCCCUCGGAUCACAGCAUGCCACGGCCCAGCUGGGUGCUGUGAGCUCCGAGCACAGGGUUGGCAGGUUAAAAACCAUUGACAGUGAGGUUUGGGCUGUGAUUUACCUCUGCAUGGCAACUUGCAAAAAAAAAAAAAAAA